AUGGAGCACCCUGGCGCCGCGGAACGCGAGCCGGGCGAUAAUAAUGCCAAGGCCACAGCCCACCAGUACGAAGAUGCCGGCGUCGCCAAGCCGGGCGACGCCCAGGGCCGUGGCUUGGAAAUCGGCGAAACGCGCGAGAUUACCGUGACGGAGCACGAGCUAGGCUUCUGGAAGGCGAUUCGAAUGUACCCGCAGGCCACGUUUUGGUCCAUGUUCUUCUGUAUCGCCGUCGUGAUGGCGGGUUUCGACGCCCAGAUCAUCACCUCCUUCUACGCCCUCCCUGCCUUUCAACGCAAAUAUGGCGACCGCAUCGGAGACCAUUACGAGAUCUCAGCACCUUGGCAGACAGCCCUAGGCAUGGGCAAUCCCAUCGGCCAGUGUGCUGGUGCAUUGGCCAGCGGAUAUCCUCUCCAGGUGCUUGGUCGGCGCAAGACGUUGGCGAUCUGUUGUUGUUGGUCGAUCGGCUUCGUCUUCGUGCAGUUCUUCGCCACGUCCAUUGGCAUGCUCUGCGCGGGCGAAAUUCUCGGCGGCCUAGCGUACGGCUUUUACGUUGUCAUUGCGCCGACCUAUGCGUCGGAAAUCUGUCCCGUUGUCCUUCGUGGUGUUCUCACGGCGUCGGUCAACCUGGCGUUUGUUAUCGGGCAGUUUAUCGCGCAGGGCUGCGCCGCCGGCGUGGAGAGCCGAUUGGAUGAAUGGGCCUAUAAAGUUCCCUUUGCUAUCCAAUGGGUGUGGCCUGUUGUACUUCUCGCGGCGCUGCCCUUUGCCCCCGAGAGCCCGUACUGGCUCGUCCGCCGUGGCCGUCGGGAAGAGGCGCGCAAGGCCCUUCUCAAGUUGACGUCGGCCAAAGACCGACCGGACAUUGACAAUGUUCUCGUCGGAAUUGAGCAGACGGAUCUCCUUGAGCGUGAGUACGAGACAUCGACAUCCUACAUGGAUUGCUUCAGAGGUGUCAGCCGCAGAAGGACGGAAAUCUCCGUCAUGGUCUACCUCAUCCAGGUCAUCGGCGGGAACCCUCUCAUUGGAUACGCCAAUUACUUUUUCGAGCAGGCGGGCCUUGACUCGGCCGAUGCAUUCAACAUGGGUGUUGGCAAUACGGCACUCGGCUUCACAGGCACGCUCAUAUCGUGGCCGCUCAUGAACUAUUUCCUCUUUGGGCGGCGUACCAUCUACAACUCCGGCAUGGUCCUCAUGACAGUCCUGCUUUUUGUGAUUGGGUUCCUCGGCAUUCCCAAGAAUAACAAAGGCGCCGUAUGGGCUCUUGCCUCCCUCAUGGACUGCUGGACGUUCAUCUACCAAAUGACCGUUGGUCCCAUUUGCUUCGUCAUCAUAUCCGAAAUCUCGGCGACGAGACUUCGCGAGAAGACCAUCGCGGUUGCCACUGCCGUGCAGGCCGUUGCGUCCAUCGUGUUUACCAUUGCGAUGCCUUAUAUGCUAAACAGCGACGAGGCCAAUUGGGGAGGCAAGACUGGGUUUUUGUUCGGAGGCAUUAGCGCGCUCUGUCUCGUGUGGUGCUUUUUCCGACUUCCGGAGAGCCGUGGCAGGACGUACGAGGAACUGGAUAUCCUGUUCCAGAGGCAGAUCCCGGCGAGGAAGUUCAAGGACUAUGAUCUGAUUGCGGAGGCGGAUGCCGGAGAGGGGCCGUCUGCGUCAUGA